CGUACCGAGAGAGUCUUGGGUCAGGCUGUAUUCAUCUCAGAAGUUCUGUGUUGUAUAUAAUUGGAUCGCUAUCCUUUCAGCGUACGGCCUUUAUAUUUGCCAGUAAGUCGUCAAGGAUGAACACAGAUAUUAAUGGGAAUAUAUUGUGCUUAAUUGAAAUCCUAAUGGACAACGUAUAUAAGACAUAAACACAUUCGGCCUUCUGAAGAUUUCCAGUUAUCGCCACGUCACAAAGGUAAUGAUUCUAUGUGAGAACAACAUAUCUGCCCUGAUCCUAUGUCAGCUAUGAUAAGCCUCUGACGUCAAUGCCAUGCUUUCAAUCAGAUGUGUUCCAUUAAGAUUUAGAAUUCUCGGGGGCGAUCGAUCCGUGAAUAAACGAUGUUUAUCGGACAAUGUCGGGUCUCUAGCAUUGAAGAACCCCAAACCUUUCGACAAAAUCCCGGGUCCAAAGGGCGUAUACUCUCUACCUUAUAUUGGAACCAUGCUACAUUACAAACCAUUCACAGACAUACCAGCCUUAGAUAUCACUUUACUUCAAAAGAGGCUACACGAGCAGUAUGGCGAUAUUUUGAGGUUUCGGGCGGGAGGUGGAUGGAUCGUGGGAUUGUUUCAUCCCGAUCUCUGCCGUGAAGCUCUGCAACUGACACAGCCACGUUAUCCCAUCCGGUUUCCGGUGUGGAUCCUCCGGAAGUACGCCGAAAGGAUGGGGCUAGAGGAAGGCAUAGGUACCGUAAAUGGUGAACGAUGGGAAACUAUACGGAAACCUACCCAGAACGAGAUUCUCAGACCGACUAGUAUGACAAGAUAUGCCCCCAUAAUCAACCAAGUAGCUGACGAUAUGGUGACCAGACUGAAGGACCAGAACAGUAUUGAUGAUACACUCCUCACGCUGUAUAACUACGCCAUAGAAAACGUUGGCAUGCUGUGUUUUAACACCCGCCUAGGCUGUCUAGAAGGCGGGAAAAGAGCAGACGACAUUGUUAAAAACGUGGCGUUUGUGUUUAAUGCCCUGGAGGUUGACUUACGUUCAUCCGUUCACUGGUACAGAUAUUUCAGAACACCAUUUUACAACAAGUUUGAAGAGUCACUAAACACCCUUAAAAGAAUCUUACAACCGGAGGUAGACGAUUGUAUUUCCCGGUACCACAGCUGCCAAUCUGAAGGGGAGUCUAGUCUGUAUACUCAUUGUCUGGUAAAUAACCUCUUGUCGGGAAGGAAGCUGACGGACGAGCAGCUGAAAUCCUUCGUCAUCGAUCUCUUCCUCAGUGGAAUAGACUCGACAGCUAAAACUAUGAGCCUGAUUCUGUAUAGAUUGGCUCUUCAUCAAGACAAGCAGGAAAAGCUGUAUGAAGAGAUAAUGUCACAUAGCCUGACGAAUGGACGACCCCUGACGAAUGAAAUACUCCUCACAAUGCCAUAUCUCAAGGCCUGCAUAAAGGAGUCAAUGAGGAUCCAGUUCCCGAUCUCCGGAGGGUACAUCACAGCGGCCCAGUCCGACAUAGUCGUAGGCCAGUAUGAGGUACCCGAGAAGACCCUGAUGAUGGUGGCGUGUCCGACUAUGAUCCAGGACCACCGCUUUUUCGCGGACAGUGACCAGUAUGUUCCAGAGAGAUGGUUGAGAGACAACCCUGAUACGGACACAUACAAGGCACUUAACUCGUUUGCCUUUCCUUCCCUUCGGAUUCGGCAGGCGAAGUUGUCUCGGACAAAGAUUUGCUGAGAGGGAAUUACAAAUCGGCAUCACCAAGUUGAUCCAGACAUUUGCUGUGUCCGUACCCCGUGGGAUAACCAAACUGUCGUGGGAGUAUCGAGUUUUUGCAACACCAUCAGGUAAACUCACCCUAAAUUUGGACCGUCGGGAUCAAACUUGAAGUGAUUCAAUAUAAUCUAUAAUUUCACAACGCCAACAGAAAAUGCAUGUAUUUAGAUAUUAUAGCGGAAACAUAUUAACCACCGUGAGUGACCCGGACUGUACAAUGUGUCGCUCUGCUGCCUCAGCUAUAUACGGUAUGUAAAGUGAUGUUGAUAUUUGACAAAAUCUAUCAAUACAAAAUACACAUUGACUUGUUAUAUGUCAAUUUGGUUAAUGUUAACAUAUUAUAUAUAACAUGUAUUUGAACGUGGUUAAAAUCAAUGUCAUUAAGGUCUCUUAGGUCUAGCAAGGCUUUUUGACGUAAGGGAUGUGUUUUCAUGCAUUUUAAAUAUGUGGCUAUCGUACCAUAUGUGAGCAAAUAAUCCAUGACGAUGCAAGCUCAAUAUAAUAAAUACUUUGUUUCCCUC